AUGAGUAACGUGUCUGGAGCUUCUAUUGGUUCGUCAAGUGGACGUUCUGGAGGCAGAGUGUUUGGUGUGCCGAGACUUUGUCAUUGUGGGGUUCAAAUAAUGGAAUUGGUUUCUAAAUCCAGCAACAAUCCGUACCGGCGUUACUAUCGUUGCGGAUAUGCUGUAUCUAAGAAGCUCUCGAAUGACAACCACACUUUCAAGUGGGUCGAUGAGGCUUAUUUAGAUGAGAUAGAGGCAUUAAAAAUGAAAAAUGCUUCACUUGCGGCAAAACUGGAGACAGUUACAAUGGAGAGGAAUGAGUUUGAGAGAAUAGUGUUUGAGAAUGUGCAAAUGAAGCUUGAGAAGGAGAUUUUCGAGAGAGUUGAAGAGGCUUUGGUUGAAUCAUCUUCUACGAUGAAGAAAAUGAUGGUUGUUGUAGUUGUUUUGUGUAUGGGCAUGGUUGGGUUUAGUAAGCUCUUUGGUUGAAAAGGUUUAUGUAGGAAUGACCUUUGUUUUAGUAAUCUUGUGUUUUGUGUGUUUGAUCAUUGUGGUUUGUGUAACUUUGACAUGGUUUCAAUUUUAUUAAUGCAAUGACUUUGUCUAUUUUAAGAUGAUUGUUAAGCCUAUUUUAUUCAGUAGAAUGCAAUGAUUUUAAAGAAAAUAUACAAGCUUUUAGUUGCAGUAACAAAGAUAAUAUGAAGUGCAAAACAAAGAUAGAUACAUGUCAUUACAUUACAUGGAUCCAAGACCAUUUAGUUCAAAACCAAAGAUAUAUGUCAUUACAUAGCUGUCGAAAAUUAAGUUCAAAACAAAAGAUAAUAGAUGCCAUUACAUAUCAAAUCAUUCAAGCUUGAGAAACACUAGCUUGAGUGAGAGUUCCUUGUGAGGAUUCACCUGCAGUUUGAGAUGUGCUUACCGGAACCAAAUCAUCAUGCUUGCCCUGCUUUGCAUGCCACCUCGAGUUGUGAUUAGCCUUACCACAAAUGCCACAAUGCAUAGUCCUUUUCUUGGCUUUUGGUAGCUUCUUGGUUGGUGACUCAUUCACACCUCUUUUCCUUGUCUUAUCCGCUUUGGUGAGCUUCUUCUUCUUCUUCCCUGUUUCUUUCCCUCGUUCUCCCUCUGUUUCUUCCCCUUGUUCAUCCUCUACAGGUGGAGCAUGUACAUCAGGAGCAUCUGUUUUGGGCCAAAACAUAGAACCCCUGACUGGAACAAUUCCAUCUGUGUAGUUUCUUCUCCACUUAGCCGUGCGAAACCACUCACAAACAUAGUCGGACGGAUCAACCAUUAACUUCAGCAUCACACCAUAUGCAUGCUUACAUGGAAUUCCAGUGAUGUCGAACUUCCUGCACGAACAAGUUCUUUUCUCCAAAUGGACACGAUGAGUUUGGCCAUUCAUUCUUGAGUCAAAGUAGCCUUUAACGCUUCUUCUAACAACACAUUUGUUGGCUCCGUCUUUAAAGGGCUUAUCAACAAGAGCCUUAGCGAGAACUCUCUGCACAUAUGGUGUACAUUUUCCUGACAAAGAGAGAGCCAAUUAAGUUAACUGAAUUUAUAUUUUUAGAUAUUAGAAGUAUUGAAAAAAACUUACCUUGGUGUUCAUGUGAUUCUCUGGAUCUUGUGGCUAUACGUACCAUAGCAAGUCUUGCUAUUGUUUCGAGCAUAUGCACAAAUGGCUUCUCUCUUGCCUUGUUGAUGGAGCUGUUAAAGGACUCUGUCGAGUUGUUCUCCACAUCUUCGCAGUAAUUUCCCAGCUUGAAGAAAGCUCGGCACCAACUCUUCGGAUUUGUAGCCAUAACAUCUGUAUACACACCUGUAUCGUAGAAACUUAACCUGUCCAAGUUUUGCUGAUACUUUGCUUCAUUGUAGCUCCAUGCUACACUCCAUAUGUAAGACUUCAUCUGUUUUUUGUUGCCAUGUUUCUUCUUCAAAUUCCCGUAGAUGUGUCUUACACACUUCCGAUGCUCCAUCUUAGGCAACUCUAUCUUAAUAGCUCUGAUCAAUCCCUGAUACAGAACCACAAACUUAAUCAAACAACAACAUAAAGAAACAGUGAUUUCAACCAAAAAAAAA